AUGGCGGUGGAUGGACCUUUCACUGGAUGCCGUUCAAGUCGACAGAGUCAGGGGAGAAGAAUAGCGUCGACGAAACGGCAAACAUCAACAGAUGGCUUCACAGCGAAUACUCUGAUUGGUUUUACCAGAGGGCGGUCGUCAUCGACGGCGCAGCCGGGCUCAAUAUCACAUCAAGAGCGGCAGAGACGGUGUAACGACGAAACCGGAGCCGUGGGAGCUCACAUGUCGGCCGGUCAUCGAUUGCACGAUCCGAAGCCCACUUCUAAGCCGACGGUGAGUGACCGCCACAUCUGGCAAUCUGCCGAAGGACCAGUGUGCCGCGCGGGCGGGAACAUGAGUAACGGCCGCUUGUUGAAAGGCUGA